AUGUCGGUAGAUACAAUCACCACCGGAGCGAGAAACGCAAACAUGGAUUCCGCGAUUGCCGACCCAAUACUACACAAGCCAAUCGAGGACCAUCCGAAAGGUAAGAUCAGCAAAGCGCCAAUCGUUAUCCAACAGCCCGAGGCACAAGAAGCCAGAAGCAAAAUUUCAGGCCAAAAAGAAGAAAUUGUUGAUCCCAGAAAGUACGACGGCGACGGAGACUCGUCGACUACCGAGCGGCAACCAUCAACCACAGCGGAAGAAGCCUCGACGCCUACAGGCGAUGUCACACCGAGGGGACCAAGCCCAUUACCAGAGGUACCGGAUAUGGUACCUGAGACUUCUGAUCUGGCUAAACCACGUUUCAAUGACCAACCCUUGAGGCGGCUACUCGAAAGAGCAUCGGGCAACGAGGUCAAUCACAGUCCAAUCAGGACAACACUCCGCACCGAAACGCACGAGGGUGAAGGCGCGAACUGGGCCAAAAUGCCAUCUGUGGAUAUGUUUGGGGUGAAUCCUGUGACGAUGCCGAAUCUCCACAAGCUCCUUACGCAAAAUAACGAUCAGAUCAGGGGAGUUCAAGACCAGCCUAUGGAACAACUGGACACUUCAUCGUCUCAGCCCGCUCUGCCAGGCCAGGAAUGCCAAAGCGAGAGUAAGGGGUAUUUUGACGUACCACCCACAGAGAACUCGUUAGACAUAUCUUGCGGCCCGGAAGUGCUGCUUCACGAUAUUGUGACAUUUACGGAGCAGAACCACCACUGUGACGGAAAUGAGCCUCGGUGGAAUGAGAAGCAGUUCCAGAAUACUUUUGAGGUCGCCAUUGCGCUAGCAGAACCUUACGUACAACAGGCUAUAGACGUUGGGAACGACAACGAAUUCGUUCCGGAGCUUCUAGCUAGGUUAAACGACAUAAUUACACAAGCUUCCCCUAAAGUCGAUGACGACCUGACUCAGAAGCUGGGGAUGCCGCAACCCGAGGGAGCAAAACAGAGCGCUUCGUGCCUCGACGACCAAAAGCUGAAACCGUGGCAGGAGUCUCGGGACACCUACUCGAAAUCCGUUGAGAUUUGCCGUUAUGGCGGAGUGCGGGACGGAAAUGAGGCUCGUCGAUCUGUGCAUUGUCCCCGCUACUUUGUAUCGCAGAAAAGGGAACGUGGCCUGGACAGGGGCAUGGUGUGUUAUACAGUCGCAAUGGGAAAACAGGCAAGGGGAAAACAGGAAACUAGAAUUUGGCGAUGA